CCAAAAGUUGGGGACCGGGGUUGAUUGUUAGCCACCGUUUCAUCGUUGGUUGUCCAGUUUUUAGAGGCAAAAAUGAAUGUUAGAGAGUGGUACCUAGAAGAAAAAUGUGAUCGAAAAUGGCGGAGAUUAACUUUAUUCUAUACCACAAGCUGCAUUCUCAGACUCAUCCACGCGUCUGCCUCUGCUCAACUUUCUCCCAUGUUUCCUUUGAACAAUUCUCUCCCUCAUUUUCUUUCCAUGAAGAACAAAAACCAUUUCUCUUCUUUUUUCUGAUUGAACCACUGCGGAAUUUAGUAAAAAUUGUUGCGAUUUUGAGCAAAACACACAAAACAAUGGAAUUUUUUGAUGCAAUAGGUUAGAAUUGGACCGUAUGGAAUGAAUGCAAGAGCUAUGUGUCGUAAAGUAUGUUGUUGUCGUUGUUGAGUAGGCGGUCUUUAGAGGUUGAUUCCAGGGAUUCCUAUGGUUUUGCUUUGAGACCUCAGCACGCACAGAGAUAUAGAGAGUACGUUAACAUCUACAAGGAGGAAGAGGAGGAGAGAUCAAAGAAAUGGGGGGAUUUCCUUGAACAACAAACAAAUUCCGGAAAAUUGUGCUCGUUUGAGGAGCAAUUUAGUGAGAGUUUGCAGGCUGGAACUUCUGAAUCGGAAGGCGAGACCAUUCUGCAAAGUGCUCAAGCUGAGGAUGAUUCAAGUGCUAAGAAGUCUGAUUCUGAUGGUUCAAAAGAAUCUGAUCCUUGGAAGGAGGUGCGAUUUUCAGAGGAACCAGAGGUGCAAUUUUCAGAGAAAGACCAUAAGGAGGUGCAUCCUUUAGAAGAACUCGGAAAAGAGGUACAGCAUUCUAAAAAUUCCCAAAAGGAAGACCAAAUCUUAGAGGUAGCUAAACAGGAAAGACAGAAUUCACAAGAACCAGAAACCGAGUUGCAACAUUUAAAAGAGCUAGAAAAUGAGGUGGGGCAUUCAGAAGAACUAGAAAACAAAGAGCAGCUUUCAGAAGAACCUAAAAAGAAUGAACAUCUUUUAAAAUCAACUAAGGCAGGUAAGGUUCAAACAUGGUCUGAGACUAGACUAUCCCUCCAUGCCAUUGAGAGUUUGAUGAGUUCACGUGUUAAGGAGGUAAAAAAUACAAAAGACAGACAAAUCACUGCAAGCCAAGAUCAUCUUCUCUCAACAACUGAGGCAGGACUUGUUAGAGGAGAAACCGAGGUGGAUGCUGAGGAGGAGGUUUGUUUUAAGGAUGCCUUAGAUGAAAAUGUCAAAACAUCCCCAGAAAACACUUAUGCAGAUGAUAAUACUUCACCAAAACCAUUAUUUCACUGUAAAGAAGAACUUGAGUUCCUUGUUCAUGGGGGAGUUCCAAAGGAUCUUAGAGGAGAGGUAUGGCAAGCAUUUGUUGGGAUAAAGGUCCGCCGUGUUGAAAGAUAUUAUGAGGACUUGGUUGCUGAAGAAACUAAUGAUGAUGAAAGCAAGGACCAUAGUAGCUCAACUGGUGCACCAAAGAAAUGGAAAAGGCAGAUUGAGAAGGAUAUACCGCGAACUUUUCCAGGUCAUCCUGCUUUGGAUGAGCACGGCAGGGAGUCGUUGAGGCGUUUACUUUUAGCAUAUGCACGGCAUAACCCCUCUGUUGGGUAUUGUCAGGCAAUGAAUUUCUUUGCUGGACUAUUGCUACUUUUGAUGCCAGAGGAAAAUGCAUUUUGGACUUUAGUGGGAAUAAUUGAUGAUUAUUUUGAUGGAUACUAUACAGAAGAGAUGAUAGAAUCGCAGGUGGCAUGGAUCUCUGGACCUUGGUUCCUUUCCAUCUUUGUCAAUAUGAUUCCUUGGGAAAGUGUUCUUCGAAUAUGGGAUGUUCUUCUAUUUGAAGGAAACCGUGUAAUGUUGUUUCGAACUGCACUUGCAUUAAUGGAAUUAUAUGGUCCAGCCUUAGUGACAACUAAAGAUGCAGGGGAUGCUAUUACUUUGUUGCAAUCCCUUUCUGGGUCAACAUUUGAUAGCAGUCAGCUGGUUUUUACUGCUUGCAUGGGUUUUAUGGCUGUGAAUGAAGCUAGAUUACUGGAGUUGAGGGAAAAGCAUAGACCAGCAGUACUACUAGUAGUCGAGGAAAGAUCCAAGAAAGGUCGAGUUUGGAAGGAUUCAAAGGGCCUUGCAUCGAAGCUGUACAGUUUCAAGCAUGAUCCUGAGUCACUGAAAGAAGAAGAAAAGAUUUGUAAAGGUGAAGAAUCUAAACCGGAGCAUCCAUCUUCUCACCUAGAUGCUUUACUUGGUAGCCUUACUGUUGAUACUGAAGUAGAUUCACUACCCGACCUUCAGGAGCAGGUGGUCUGGAUGAAGGUUGAACUUUGUAGGUUGUUAGAAGAGAAAAGAUCUGCUAUUCUUAGAGCUGAGGAGCUGGAGACAGCGUUCAUGGAGUUAGUUAAAGCAGAUAACCGAAGGCAGCUGAGUGCAAAGAUUGAGCAACUGGAGCAAGAUGUAACUGAUCUUCAGCAAGCUCUUUCUGACAAGAGAGAACAGGAAGCUGCGAUGCUUCAGGUCCUGAUGCGGGUAGAGCAAGAACAAAGGAUAACUGAAGAAGCUCGUUUGCGUGCCGAGCAAGAGGCAGCUGCUCAGAGACAUGAAGUAGCUCAACUUCAGCAAAAGUAUGAGAAUGCCAUGGCUUCAGUCACUCAGAUCGAGAAAAGGGCGGUUAUGGCAGAGUCAAUGUUGGAGGCUACAUUGCAGUAUGAGUCUGGCCAAAAUAAAGCACAAUCUUCUCCUCUGCCAGGUCGUACUCAAAGUGCCUCCUCAGAGAGCCCAGGAAGAAGGAUGGGUCUAUUGAAAUUUGGCCUUGGUUGGCGUGACAAAAACAAGGCCAAAUCUAAUGAGGAGCCUGGUGACAGUAUUGAAGGAAAAGAACCAAACAGUUUGCAGAAAGAAAGUGGAGACUAAGAAAGACUCCAUAUGAGGCAUUUCUAGCAGUUGGCAUAUAAUCCUGCCUAAGGACACAACUGAGUUAAUUAGGCAUACACUGACAGUAGAAGUAAGAAAGCUGCAUCAACUUGUUUUGUUUUUGCCUCUCUCGUUAGCGGUUUUUGCUUGCGAGUGUUGGUUUGCCUUUUCUCGAGGCUUUUUUAUUACAUUUUCAUUCAUAAAAAAAAAAACUUGUUCAUCUCUUCACUGUAAUUAAAUUAGUUGUUUAAAUGUAAAUUACUGCCACAUUUUUCUCAUAACAUAGUUAUAUCUUUUCUUUUGGAUACAACUUGAAAACAUUUACCAGACAAAUGCUAUAUCUAUUAAACAUCCAUAGAUGUCAUUUUGCA